AUGCUGUCAACUGUGGUUCCUCUCCUACUGGUCUGUUUCAGGACAUAUGCGCUGGCCAACCCAGAAUUACAGAAACAUGGCUGUGAUGAUCUAACUGGUUCUGGCCUAGUGAUUGACAGUUGUGGGCUUUGUGGUGGAGAUGGCAGCUCUUGCAAUGUUGUCUCGGGUGUCUUCACCCACUCUCUGGCUAAAGUUGGCUACCAUCGUAUUCUGGAGAUCCCUCAAGGAGCAAAAAGAAUCAACGUGACUGAGAUCAUCAAGAGCAGAAACUAUCUGGCACUGCGUAGUCGCUCUGGUCGGUCCAUUGUAAAUGGAGACUGGGCCAUUGAUCAUCCAGGUCAGUAUCGGGGAGCAGGCACCCUGUUUACCUACAGACGACCCAAUGAGAUCAGCAGCACAGUGGGGGAAUCUCUUUUAGCCCAGGGACCCACCAAUGAAAUCCUGGACCUUUAUAUAAUUUUCCAACAGCAAAACCCUGGUGUGCGCUACGAAUUCAUUCUCCCUGUAGAAAACCAUGCAAACCCACUGCAUCCUUAUUACAACAGACCUGGAGACUCUGAAAGCUACUCUUUGGAGAGGCAAGAAAGUACACUUGACCCUGAUGAAGAUGCAUUUAAAAAUGGACAGAAUUCUUUAAGAAACACAGCACUGAAGCCAGAGUACAAGUGGAUAGAGACCAGCACCACAUCAUGUAGCGCCUCAUGUGGCAGGGGGGUCAGACGACGAGUAUUUAGCUGCAUCCACAGCCAUGAAGAAGUGUCAGAGCUCCUGUGUGAUGAAGCACAUAUACCUGCCCCCAGAGAACAUCCCUGUAACACCCAGGCAUGCCCUGCACAGUGGGAUAUUGGUGAGUGGUCUGAAUGCAGUAAGACCUGUGGUCUCGGCACACAGCACCGCCAAGUGCUUUGUAUGCAGACAAAUGCCAACCGAACAAUGACGGUGUCACCAAAGUUCUGCAGACAUCUCCCUGUCCCCGAGUCUGCUUCCACCUGUCAGCUGAAGAUAUGCAGCGAGUGGCAGAUUCGCACUGACUGGACUCCAUGCUCCACUCCAUGUGGCAUAGGUCAAAGGUCACGGGAGGUUGUUUGCGUGAGCAAUACAGGCGAAGUAACAUCUGAUGAGGAAUGCAAUAUGAGUUUACGGCCCACCGAUGUGGAGAACUGUGACAUGGGGCCAUGCACAAGGAGUUGGUUCUUUACUGAAUGGAGCAAUAAGUGUUCUGACUGUAGCUCCGGUCUGAGGACCCGUAGCGUAGUGUGUCUGAGAGACUACAUGAGCAGUUUGCCUUUAGAGGGCUGUGGGUCACAGCGCCCACCAGAGGUACAUGAAUGUAACAGCAACUCGUGCAACAGUCAAGCAGAGUGGUUUACUGGACAGUGGACUCAGUGUUCUUCAGACUGUGGUCCAGGCAGCCAGCAGAGGGCAGUAGUGUGCAUACUGAGAAGUGAGGAGGGGCUCACUGUACAGCCUCCACCCCACUGUGCAGAGAGUAAGCCUUCCAGCAUGCAAAGCUGCUACCACAGAGCCUGUGGGUCCAGGUGGUAUCACACCGACUGGAGUCCUUGUUCCAGGUCAUGCGAAGUUGGGAUUCAUGUCCGAGAGGUGCGUUGUCUCACUGAUGACCUGCAUCCCUCUGAGAACUGUGCGGAACAUCUGAGACCAGCAAAUCAAGAGACUUGCAAUAACAAACCUUGCUUGCCACAAAUAGAUGAGAGCUGCAGAGACAAAUACUACAACUGCAACAUAGUGGUUCAGGCUCGUCUCUGCAUGUAUGAUUACUACAGGACGGCAUGUUGCAUUUCCUGCUUGACAUUUGCUCAUGGGCAAACAUACAGGCGGGGCUAUAGGUGA